AUGGCUCGACUACGGGAAUCAUCAUCACCAGAAGGUAGCGAGCAACUUGAAGAGACUUCGUCGCUGCCCGCGCGUCGUGUGACCUCAGAAUCAUCCAUCCGACCUUCACCAGCGCCAUCUGCUUCCUCCGACAAAGAGAAUCAUCACGCUUCAAAGACGCAAGCUGGGCUCGAGAAAAGAAGAGGCGGAUCUGUCAGAAUGUCGAUGCAACCCUCGGGCUCGGGCUCGGGCUCGAGCUCUACUAUCUCAGGCAAGAAGAGAAAACUGCAGGAUGCUCAAUCACAACCGAGCCAGGCGCGACAUCGUCGCGAACUAGAGGAGAGAGUGGACAAGGAUUUCUAUGACCCCGAUCAAGAUGAAGAGGAGCGCAGAGCUGUGCGGAAGGGCAUGCGAGAUCUCAACAAAGAGCUGAAUGAUACGCGAUCCGAACUUCUCAAAGCCGACUCCAAUGGCCUUGUCACCAUCAUACAUCGCGCAGACGAGUACUUCAGAGCGGUCAAACAGACUUCCGAUGCGACGAUUGACUCCCGUACACUGGUGCAAGCAGCUGACCUCUCCUACAAACGAACGAACGAGCUCUCGCUGGGCGACUCCUCUGUUGGCAUCGAUGUUGAUGACUUUGUAACCAAGUGUGUAUCGUUCAUGCGGCGGGCAGACGGCGGCAAUAACCAGGGCGCGGGCGCAACUGGAACACAAUCGCAACGGAGGCGGAGGCAGGGAGACGCAGAUGACGAAGAUGACGAAGAGAAUGAUGAGCAACUCAAUUGGGCUCAUCUAGGACGGCUUGCCUGCUUUCCGCACAACGCUCGUCCCUGUGUUUCCGGAUUCCUCCUUGGACCGCUUUCAGUACAGAAGAAGACUCGACAACAAACACAGAGAAGAGCGCGAGAGGUCCGCGCCAACCCUGCCAACGCCACACGGCCACAGGAGCUGGUGGAAGAAGAUUUGGAAAAGCAGGAGACUGCCAACUUGACUGUGAUAUGCAAGGAAAUUGAGCGUCUUCUGGGUCGCACACAGGCGAAAGGCUGGGAGGCGUGCGAAAAAGAGCAAGCAGAACGGGAAGAUAUGACAGAAGACGAAGCCCUGGAAAUGAUGUUGAGUCAUGGCAUCUCUGACGACGGCUGCGUGCCCCUGUUUGACUUCUGUGUGAAUCCAAAAAGCUUUGGGCAAACCGUGGAGAAUUUGUUUUACAUUUCCUUCCUGAUCAAGGAAGGUAGUGUCGGUCUCAACUUUGAUGGAAGGGGUUUGCCGACACUGGGUUGCGCAGAUCGGGAGCCUGGAGAAGAACAGCAGGCCAAAGGAUCGUCGAGAAAUCAGGCAGUCUUUGCCCUGGACUUCGAGGUGUGGGAAGAAAUCAUUGAGAGCCAUGGCAUUCAAAAGAGUUUGAUUCCUCACCGAGAGGAGGAGGCGUACGACGAUGGUGUUCUGGAAGGUACGGGAUGGUAUGGCUGA